AUGGCGGCCGGGAGGCUGGGCCUCAGCCGGGCCCUGGACACAGCGGCGGCGUCUCCUCGGCCGUCCUCUCAGCCCAGGCAGGGGCCCGUGGUGAGCCCCCCGCCCGGCCUGGAGCGCUCCCUUCGCCUCUCGGGCCAAGGUCUGCACAUGAAUAUACCUGACGACCAAGCUGAUAAACUGCUGUUGGCCAGCUGGGGCCUUCCCCAAGCCGUCCUGGAGAAAUAUCAUCGUUUGGGAGUAGUGCGUAUGUUCCAGUGGCAAGCGGAGUGCCUCAUGGUCGGGCAAGCCCUGGAAGGGAAAAACUUAGUUUACUCAGCUCCUACAAGCGCUGGGAAAACUCUUGUUGCUGAAUUACUCAUCCUGAAGAGAGUGCUGGAAACUCGCCGAAAGGCACUCUUCAUCCUCCCCUUUAUCUCUGUGGCCAAAGAGAAGAAGUUUUACCUGCAGGCUCUCUUCCAAGAAGCUGGCGUGCGAGUGGAAGGCUACGUAGGCAACAUUUCCCCGGCUGUCAGGUUCUCUGCCUUGGAUGUCGCUGUCUGUACUAUUGAGAGAGCCAACAGUCUGAUCAACAGACUUAUAGAAGAGAACAUGAUGGACUUACUGGGCAUCGUGGUUGUGGAUGAGUUGCACAUGUUGGGAGAUUCUCAGAGAGGGUAUUUGCUGGAACUCCUGCUGACGAAAGUUCGUUAUUUGACGGAGCGAAUGAAAAACAAACAGAAAAACAGCCUUCUUUCAGACAAGAUACAGAUUGUAGGCAUGAGUGCCACCCUUCCUAAUCUGGAUCUCCUGGCCUCCUGGCUGAAUGCUGAUCUGUACCACACGGAUUUCCGUCCCGUGCCGCUCGUGGAGCAAUUAAAGAUCGGCGGCAAAGUUUAUGACUCGUCCAUGAAAGCAGUGAGAGAAGUCCAGCCUCUCCCACAUGUGAAGGGAGAUGAGGACCAUGUGGUGAGCCUGUGUUACGAGACGGUUCAGGAUGGCCACUCCGUCCUCGUCUUCUGCCCAUCGAAGAACUGGUGUGAGAAGUUGGCCGACAUCAUCGCCAGGGAGUUCUGCAACAUCCAGCAGGAAUGCCUUCAGAAAACGUCCAGUCUGUCUCCAGUUGCCCUGGAUGCUCAAGGAGUAGAGCAGUUGAUGAGCCAGCUGAAGCAUUCUCCAUCUGGUCUGGACUCCGUACUUCAGCGGACUAUAAAGUGGGGAGUUGCUUUUCACCAUGCAGGCCUCACUUUCGAUGAACGAGACAUCAUCGAGGCAGCGUUUCGUCGCGGAGCGCUGCGAGUCUUAGCGGCGACCUCGACGCUUUCUUCUGGAGUGAACCUGCCUGCCCGCCGGGUAAUUAUCCGAACUCCUGUGUUUGGUGGCAGGCCGCUGGAUAUCCUAACAUACAAGCAGAUGUCCGGAAGGGCUGGAAGGAAAGGCGUAGACACGGCAGGUGAGAGCAUUCUGAUGUGCAAGCCUUCGGAGAAGGCGAAAGGGGUCGCGCUGCUCCAGGGCUGCCUCAAGCCAGUCCGUAGCUGUCUGCUCAGGCAGGAGGGAGAAGAGGUGACGUCUAGCAUGAUACGAGCAAUCCUUGAGAUCCUAGUCAGUGGCGUGGCUAGUUCCCCCCAAGAUAUUCAGACGUAUGCUUCCUGUACCCUCCUUGGUGCUAGUCUGAAAGGCGACCAGCAGGACGAUGGGAGAGAUCGGGAGAGAAAUUGUCAUGGGGCUAUUGAUGCUUGUGUGAAAUGGCUGCUGGAGAAUGAAUUCAUCCAGGUUUUAACCUCUGACAUGGGCAAAGAAAUCUAUUGCCCUACACAUCUUGGGUCUGCCACCCUGUUUUCCUCCUUUUCCCCCAUCGCAGCCCUGGAAAUCUUUGCUGAUCUCCAGAGAGCAAUGAAGAGCUUCGUCUUGGAGAGCGAUCUGCACAGCCUUUACCUCGUCACUCCAGUGUACGAAGACUGGGCCAAAAUUGACUGGUACCAGUUUUUUUGCCUGUGGGAGAAGUUGCGUCCCUCGAUGAAAAGAGUGGCGGAGCUGGUGGGGAUCGAGGAAAGCUUUCUGGCUCGCUCGGUGAAAGGCAAAAUCAUCGCCAGGACAGAGAAGCAGCAUCGGCAAAUGGCCGUCCACAAAAGAUUUUUCACAAGCCUUGCCCUGUUGGAUUUGAUAAAUGAGGUUCCUUUGAAGGACGUGGCUAAGAAAUACAGCUGUAGUCGUGGGCAGCUUCAGUCUUUACAGCAAUCUGCUGCUACCUACGCAGGGAUGAUCACUGUUUUCUGUAACCGGCUGGGUUGGCACAACAUGGAGCAGUUGCUCUCUCAGUUCCAGAGCCGCCUCACUUUUGGGGUCCAGAGAGAGCUCUGUGACCUGGUCCGGAUCUCUCUGCUCAACGCCCAGUGUGCCAGGGCGCUUUACCAAGCUGGGUUUGUCACGGUAGCUGACCUGGCAAAAGGGAACAUUGCUGAUGUGGAAAAUGCUUUCAGGAAUGCAGCCCCAUUCCGCAGUACUCGUAAGGCGGUGGGUGAAGACGACCAAGCAGCGGAGGAGCGCCUGAACGGCCACUGCAUCUGGAUGGCCGGCUGGAAGGGUUUGUCAGAGAGUGAAGCGGCCCACCUUGUCGUGGAAGAGGCUCAGACUCUGCUCAGGCAGGACUUGGCCGUGCUCGGGGUGGAGUGGAACCCCGAUUCGUCUCUCUUACCGGAUGCCUCUUUCACCGCUUCCAUAAUGAGCAGCAGACUGGAGGAGGAGGAGAAACUGAGAGCGAAUGGCACACGAGGGUUCGGAAACCGAGGGAGUCUAAAUUCACCUGGCAACAAUGGCAGUUCUCAGCGCGGGAAACCGUCGGGGGUCAAGCACAAAAAUAAGAGGCUCUUGGAUAUUAGUUCAGCAAGUGAGAGACCCCAAGAAGGGACUCCUGUAGAGGGGACUACGAUAGAGGCGAGAAACACUGAUGCGUUCCCGAGCGCAAGGAAACGUCCAAAUCUGGACAAGGGCAGAGAAAACAGGGCAGAUGUUUCUGUGACACAAAAGUCGGGCUCAAGGGAAGCAGUGAAAAGCACACAACAGAGGAAAAGGCCCUCCUUGAAAGCUCACAGCGCAAUGAAAUAUAAAAGAAGGGUUGGUAUUCCUUUGCAGCCUAACGAUAAUAGGACAGCAAGUGCUAAAUUGAGUAGACUUCGGAUUCAGGAUUCAGUCACGUGUAGAAGCCUCGAUAAGCCCUUUCUGUCCUCCCAAAAGCAUCCUCAAAGCAUAGCUAAAUCAUUGUUAGAUAAUACGGGAGGAGUCGAUGAAGUAGCCGCACAGGCAAAUGAAACCGAGCAAAACAGCCGAGAGACCGUGCAAAUGUUGUUUAUUGCGCCUAUAAACAGCCCCAAGUCUAAAUAUGCAUUAGAAGUUAAUUGCCACGCUGUCAAACCUUCUACAAACUCAGUGGUGGGAGGUGCCCCUGUUGUUAAAAGUAGAACGGAUGGCUCAGGAGAACUAUUGAUAUCGAACGCAGCACUGAAAUGGGAAGGUAACUGGAGCAAAGCCCAGAAAGGUGAGAACAGUGCUGAGAACUGCAACCCUGAAAAUAAAACAGAACGAAUCCGAGGUGCUUUUCUUGAAGAAGCAAGUGUUGCUCCUGACACGGGUGGAAACGAACAGACAGCCUUGGGCGGUUGUCAGAAGAAAGACCAAAAUAGCCCUGGAAAAUCCAGUGGGACCUUAUUACAGGCUGCAAGUGUGGGCGUACUGGAUAAACACUCCAAUAAUAGCGGGAAAGGUACUGAAUCUCUCAAAAAAUGCUGCUCCCCUGACCUGUCUUUGGGCUUUAGAGAAUUUGAAGACAGCUUCCAGUUGGAUACUCAGACGGAGAGGAUUCUGCAACAACAGAUGACCACCGAAACUGCUGACGACCAAGGCGUAAAAGAGAGGUCAAGCCCAGCACAGAAAAACUCCAUCUGCCCAAGGCAUGUCAGUACUUCCAAAACAGAUGCUGUGUGUGCCACAGAAAACCUAGAGGAUGGGGUAGCAGGACCGUCCCACACAGAAAAGAACAAAGCGGCCAAAAACACCGACUUAAUAUGCACAGAAGUGGUCAACUCCGCGACCUUUCCUACAAAGCCUUCUCAGAAACGCCCAGAAAUGCCUGUUUUCCUAGAAGGAAAUAGCUUUACUGUCACCGACUCCCAAUUCCGCAGUUUCUUACAAGGUUAUCAGACACCGAAUCUUGUGGAAAGGCAGGGGUCUCCUUGUCUUCCAAUGGAAGCUUCCCAGUCCUUCCACCGGAACCUCCUCAGCCCCGCUUCCAAGUGCCACCCCUUGCCUAAGACAAGUCUGAACAACAGUGAUAGUUUUCUAUUUGAUGGAAGCUUCAGUUCCAUGAACGACCCCCAGGAUGUUCAUAUGGAUGAAGCGGUUGUGGCAGGGGCUCUUCCACAGCAGAACGGCACCUCCCGUCCUUUGAAAACCCCUUCACAGGCUGGUGGACAGAAAAUGGGGUUAGCUAAAGGCAUAUCCCAUGCCAGCCUGGAUAAUGCUCAGUUACCGGCAGGGUACAGCGACAACGAGUCUCUUCUUUUCUCAGACCCGGAUUCUUUCCAUAUCACAGACGGAUUAGACAAUGCACCCACGCCUCCUUUCUGGAGAGACAUCCGUACAAAAGUGAAAAAACUGAAUGGGGAUAUGACCGAUGCGGAUGCUGUGGAAAAGGCACAUGAAAACCGGCCGAAAGACGGCGCAGAGAAAAACCUUGUCCCUGUGGUUCAGAGCCGCUUGUCGUUUGACUUAAGUCCAGGAAUACAAGAUGUUUUGGAUAGGUGGCCCAGCCCCUCUAUUGGUAAAGCUGAGCUAGGUCCAGGGAGCAGUUUGAGGGGAGAAACCCCCAGGGAACAUCAGGAUUCUCCCGCCAUUCCAGGCCUCUGUUGUGAGCAACAAGACUCGUUGUCCUCGUGCAAAGAUCUAAACAGCAAGCGCACGACUAGAGGGGUGGCUGUUCCGAGUGAGGCCUGUGGAGCUUUGCUAGAUAACAGAAGGGGAAGAACUGACCCAGGUGGGAACAAGGGGCUGCUUUCCCGAAUUAUCCGCAUGGAGCCUACGUCUCGUUGUUCGGAGCGACCCUUUGUGAAGCACGCACAACCAGAAAACGCAGAUCCCAUGAAUGAUGUUCCAUGUCUUCAGCUCCCGCGGAAUACAAACCCGGAUUCGCGCCUGCAGGAAGACGCCUUGCAGUAUCCACCAGAAAACGGAGAGCAGGGUGUGGCUCAGCUUGAGGAGGACAAUUCGAUCAUAGACGAAGGCUUCUCGUUGCAGUUGUCCCAAGACAACGUUCCGUCGCUGUCGAGCAGUGCCGAUAGCUUCACGAUUAUCGACGUGGCAAACGCCCAGGCGCUCUUCCAUACCUUCAUCGAAGAAUGGAGGACGAAAAAGAAAUUUGCCAUCUCUGUGGCUUGUGAGAGAAGAAAAGGCCACCUUGCUCUCAGAUCGGGUAUUGGUGCGAAACUUAAGCCAGGAGAAACUCCCCGGCAUCAGGAUGAUGGUUUUCCUAUUGAAGGCACUGAAGGCCUGUUGGUAGUUGGACUGGCUGUGUGCUGGGGUGGAAAGGAUGCUUAUUACGUCUCAUUGCAAGAAGAGGCAACUGAGCAAGCUGAAAUCCGUGCCAGUUUGGCACCGCCUCCCCUGGAUGAGAACCUGUCCGCGGCAGAGCGGCUGCGGCAACUUCAGCGCUGCCUGGAGGAGUCUGAGAGGGUGUUUUCGCUCGCCAUGUACGACUUCAUUCAGCACUACAAGACUCUCUUAAAGGCUUGUGACAUCUCUUUGGCAGGCCGUUUCGAGGACCCAAAGGUGGCCUGCUGGCUGCUAGAUCCCGGGUCUAAAGAGCGCUCGCUUCACAACAUGGUCACCAACUUCCUUCCCGAGGAACUGCCUUUGCUUGACGGCAUUGGGACAGGCCAAGGAAGGCAGAGCCUGGGGCUCAGCGCUAGCGCCGAUCAGACUGGGCGGUACAGGGCAGCCGUAGAGUCCGUGCUGGUCUUCCACGUCAUGGAUCAACUCAGCGCUCAGUUGCGCAACGAUAACUUGCAAGACAUUUUCCAUAAGGUGGAGAUGCCGAAUCAGUAUUGCUUGGCUUUGCUGGAGCUCAACGGCAUGGGUUUUAGCACAGUGGAGUGCGAGACUCAGAAGCACGUCAUGCAAGCCAAGCUGAACGAGAUUGAGAAUCGGAUAUACCAGCUGGCUGGACGCACUUUCUCCUUAACCAGCCCUGACGACAUUGCUGAGGUGUUGUUUUUGGAACAGAAGCUGCCACCAGAUGGCAGGUCUCAUGCGCAGCAGAGCCGGAAAACAUUGGGCUAUACCCGAAGGACCGCCACAAACGGAAACCGAGUCCGACUGGCCAAGCAGUUCAGCACUACCAAGGAUUCCUUGGAGAAGCUGAAGGGGCUGCACCCGUUGCCGGGCCUGAUUUUAGAAUGGCGGAAGAUCACCAACGCCAUCACCAAAGUGGUGUUCCCCCUGCAGAGGGAGAAACGCUUGAAUCCUGUGCUGGGAAUGGAGAGGAUCUAUCCUGUCUCUCAGAGCCACACUGCUACAGGGCGGGUCAGCUUCAGAGAACCAAAUAUACAGAAUGUGCCCAAAGACUUCGAGAUUGAAAUGCCGACCUUGGUGGAAGAGAGCCCAACUUCCCCGGAGAAACGCAACCGAUCCAGGUUUCUAGGAAGCAGAGACAAAAAGCACUGUAUCUUACCGCGUGAGCCUAAGAGUCCGAAUGAAGAGUCACCGAAGGGAAGAAAAAUCCCAUUUUCUGUCAGCAUGAGGCAUGCCUUUGUUCCAUUUCCAGGCGGUUUAAUCUUGGCUGCCGACUACUCCCAGCUUGAGCUGCGGAUCCUGGCUCACCUGUGCGGGGACCGUCGGCUCCUCCAGGUCUUAAACAGCGACGCCGACGUCUUCCGGAGCAUUGCAGCUGAGUGGAAGAGGAUUGGCCCAGAGGCUGUUGGGAAUGAGUUGCGGCAGCAGGCCAAGCAGAUUUGCUACGGAAUAAUAUACGGAAUAGGAGCAAAAUCGCUAGGAGAGCAGAUGGGAAUUAAGGAUGCCGACGCUGCCCGCUACAUCGAGUCCUUCAAAGCAAGAUACCCCGGUAUUCCGAAGUUCUUGAAAGAGACCGUGGAGAAGUGCAGCCGGGUGGGCUUUGUCCAGACCAUUGUGGGCCGGCGGAGAUACCUGCCAGCUAUUAAGGAUCCCAACCCUUACAAGAAAGCUCAGGCAGAGCGACAGGCCGUGAACACCGCCGUCCAGGGCUCCGCAGCUGACAUCGUCAAAAGAGCCACAGUCAAUAUUCAGGGCCAGCUGGAAGCAUGGUCAUCAGCUGUAAAAUCCUACGGACAUCUGGAGAACUCCGUCCAGAGGAAACAGACAGGAAAAUUGGGACGGGCGGAAAGGAGGCCGAUGCUGUAUCCCAGCCGUGGGGGGUUCUUCAUCCUUCAGCUUCAUGAUGAACUGCUCUACGAGGUUGCAGAGGACAGCAUGAUUCAGGUGGCACAGAUCGUGAAGCACGAAAUGGAAAAUGCGGUGAAGCUCUCCGUGAAGCUCUCCGUGAAAGUCAAAGUGGGGCCCAGCUGGGGAGAUCUGCAAGAGCUGGAGCUGUGAACCCCACCAGAGGGCCCGAGCUGUGUUAUGGACUCCUCCUGGAAACGACACCCCUAACAGGUUGGCCUGCCUGCACGACCGGGCGCACUUCUUCAACGGCAGCUCUCCGAUGGGCUUCUGAGAUGGGCCUGGAACUCGAAAUGAAUUUACCCAGGGAAACUUUUUAAGAGGCCACGCUGCACAUCUUGGAAGAGUUUUUACUUCCAAUUGCGAGGAACGGCUGAAAGCAAAGCGUUCCGAGGGGCCAUAUCAAAAUAUGAGGAGCCAGCCGUAAAUAUUUUAAAAGCCUACAAAGACACUAUUUCUUAACUUUCAAAAGAUAUCACUCUCAGCACUUUAAAGACAAUUGCCAUCUUUUUUUUUUAGAUGCAACCAUACUCUGUAUUCUCAGGGAAGUUUUAUCUUUCUGUGUUGUCACCCAAAAAGCCUCUUGUGCCUUGGGCCAGUUCAGGUAUUUAUCAUUCGUAAAUCCCUUCUCUAAGCUCACAACAGUGUGCUUGCUACAAGAGAGCUUAUGUAUCCCACUCUAUGAUUCUAGAUCUGUCCAUCCUUUUUUGAGAUGGAAAAUUCCCAGCCAUCAGGUGUACAUCCAUACAGUCCUAUACACAUCCUAUGCACAAGAGUUCUAGAAGUGUUUGAAUGAAUUACUAUAUUUUAUACAGAGCUGAUUUCCUGUUGGUAAUCCCUUGGCUAAAGAUUAGAAGACUUUCUUGCUGGAAGCAAUCUAUUUAAUGCCUUGUUCCGCUGAAAGGCACUUCAGUUACCAAGCGAGCAAAGGAAAUGAGUUUCCUUUCCUGUCUCAUUUUCCAGGUUUCCAGUUAGUUUUUUAAAACAAUGAAAUAAGUUAUCUGCUGAAGUAUAAAAUAGAGAUGAACUUAAACACAGUAGAAAUAAUAAAACAGAUUUGUCUAUCA